GGCCAUUCUCAUUCGGGACUUACACCAUUGCAAUUGCUGAUUCAAAUCCAUUUUGGCUGCAGACACACCCUCGUUGGCUUGAGUAACUUCACCCUCAUCGUCCAGGGCAAGCACAAACGACGCCUCUGUGUCCCCCAUUGCGGUGUGUCAGGCCUUUCACACAAUCAUCCUUUACACUGGAACACACAUGCUUGUUCACAAGCCCUGCUGGCCCAUCCUCGUCAGCCGGGUAGCGAAAGCAGAAGCGACGUCUACAGAACUGCCCUUCGAGCCAACUCGACCGGGUGGCAAAGUGCUCUUCUCCCCAAUGCCUUGGCAACCGAAAUCCGGCUAUUUGGGAGCGGUUCUAGAUUGGGCAGGUCCGGACGAGUGCUAAUAGAAAAUUCCCUGAGUUGCUCGCCCUACCGGGUAAACCAACAUAAUAAUCGCGGCCUCGAGACAUGUGCAUUUCAAUGCCAAGUGAUGUGCAUGCAUGCAUGUCGGUGUGCAUCGGUUGAGGCCGUCUGUGUUGUGCGGUUAGGCGGUGGUUGUCUUGGGCGAAUACGUCUUAGCAGGUCUUAG